AUGCACUUUACCAGGCGUGGGACUGCUACGGCAGCUCUGCAGCUCCUUUCUCUCUAUACCUCCCUCACAUCAGCAAGCUCACUGCCAAAUCAUAUUGAGAAGUUGAUUAAAAAACAAGUACCUGCUGAACCUUCCAACGUCACAACCAUCAAAUCCCCAGGAGGAGUCACAAUUCGUUAUAAGGAACCAGAACUCGAGGGUGUAUGCGAGACGACACCUGGAGUUAAUUCAUAUUCGGGCUAUGUCGACCUCGAUGAGAAUACACACAUGUUCUUCUGGUUUUUCGAAGCUAGGUCAAAUCCCGAUGAAGCGCCUCUGACGUUGUGGCUUAACGGUGGACCUGGUAGCGACUCAAUGAUUGGACUUUUUGAAGAACUUGGACCCUGCAAUGUCACCCAUAACGGUACCUCAGUAGUGAAUCCAUAUGCUUGGAACGAAGUGAGCAAUCUUCUCUUCCUCUCCCAGCCUAUUGGAGUCGGCUUUUCGUACGCCGAUGCCGUUGUAGGUGUUGUGAAUCAAACCACUGGACUGCCUGUGAACUCAUCGAAUCCCGAUGGUCGGUAUAGCGACGUUGACCCAUACCGGUUCGACACCACCGAUCUUGCUGCAAAGGGUACUUGGGAAGUUCUACAGGCUUUCAUCCUGAACCUGCCAGUCCUAGACGAGACCGUCAAGUCUCGCAGUUUCAAUCUCUGGACGGAGAGCUACGGCGGCCAUUAUGGCCCAGCCUUUUUCAAAUAUUUCUAUGAUCAGAACAAGUUAAUUCAGGAUGGGAGUAUCCCUGGUGUCGAACUCACUAUGCACACCCUCGGCAUCAUAAAUGGUAUUAUAUCGGAGAGGAUCCAAGCACCUUAUUACGCCGAAAUGGCGUUUAAGAAUACGUAUGGGAUUGAGGCCGUGAACCAAUCCAUCUAUGACUAUAUGAAGACGAAUUACUAUUUCCCCGGUGGCUGCCGCGAUUCAAUCGACUUAUGCUUCGAACAAGACCGCUCUACACCAGAUGGUAUGGCCACCUGCUCACAGGCAACGGCCAUAUGCAGGGGCUUGGUGGAAUCACCGUAUUACGUGGUAAGCGGGCGAAAUCCUUAUGAUAUCCGCGCCGAGAGUGAUGCAAGUAUCCCGCCCGGAUACUGGGCCGACUAUCUUAAUACCGCGAAAGUCCAGAACGCCAUUGGCGUCGAUAUCAACUAUACAUCUACAAGCAGCAACCAAAUAUACACAGGCUUUGAUUACACCGGCGACUUUGUCUAUCCAAAUCUAUUAGAGGAUCUCGAGGCUCUCUUAGCAUACGAUGUCCGCAUCGCAAUGAUAUACGGUGAUGCUGAUUAUAUAUGCAAUUGGAUGGGUGGAGAAGCCGUGUCAUUAGCGGUAAACUAUACCCACGAGAAAGAGUUCAAAGAAGCAGGCUACGCCCCAUUUGUAGUUGAUGGCGUUGAAUAUGGAGAAAGUAGGCAGUACGGUAACUUCAGCUUCACGCGGGUUUAUGACUCGGGCCAUGAAGUGCCGUACUAUCAGCCAAAGGCCUCUCUAGAACUUUUUAGACGAGUACUGGGAGACCUUGUCAUCUCAGACGGAGCAAAACUGACGCCUACUUAUAAAAGUGAAGGCACAGCUAAUGCCACACAUACUAAUAGCUAUAUAUCGUACUAUACAGGAAGGCCAGGGGACUGGAAGAACUAA